AUGCCCAUGCCCGCGCCUGCGCCGCCGCCGGGCGUCGACGCGGCGGGCUCCAUCGCACCUCUGGAGCCCCGCGCCGGCGUACCGCCGGCGCUGCCGACGCCCAUGCUCACGGCGGACACGCAGGACGCGCCAUCGACGCCGACGGCGAACACGCCCGCGCCCGCGCCGCCGCCCGCGCCUGCGCCGCCGCCGGGCGUCGACGCGGCGGGCUCCAUCGCACCUCUGGAGCCCCGCGCCGGCGCACCGCCGGCGCUGCCGACGCCCAUGCUCACGGCGGACACGCAGGACGCGCCAUCGACGCCGACGGCGAACACGCCCGCGCCCGCGCCGCCGCCGCCGGUGGUCAUGGACGGCUCUAUCGCACCUCUGGAGCUGCUCCGCGUCAUCGACGACAACGCCGUCGCCGGCGCGUGGGCCAAGGCCCGCGCGCCGGCGACGUACGUGAUCAUGGACGACGGCGGCGAGCGCGUCACGCGCCGGGCAACCUUUGACGUCGACGGCAACGACGUCUACUUCGACAUCUUCGUCGAGGGCCUCAAGGUCGACUACGACAUGGCCAAGAGCAUCGUCGAGGGCGAGAAGGAGGCGAAGCUCCCGGAGGUGGCGAAGCACUACCUCGUGUUCUACUUCGUCGGGCUCGGCGUCUCCGACUUUGCCUUCCCCGUCGGGCGGUUCGGGCUGAAGAGCAUCACGGCCCCGGGGCUCGGCUGCAUGCUGCGCAACCUCAUCUUCCACCUGGACCUCAAGUCCUUCAUCGUGGUCGCGACGGCGUGCGACGGCGCGUCGGAGAACCGCACGCUCAUGCAGAUGAUGAUGACCCGUCCGGCCGCCGACUACGUCAACGGCGUGGGCUCGGCGUUCAACGUGGAAUGGCCCUUCGACACGAGCACGAAGGUGGCCAUGAAGCACCCGACCCGCGGCUGGGACUACCCCAUCUUCAUGCUCUCGGACAUGCCCCACUUCGUGAAGAAGUAG